UUUCGUACUUAGACUUAGAUUUAUCGUUGCAUUCUUCGAAUGCGGCCGGGAAUUUUCGUCGUCCUCCCAAAACCUAUUUAACAAACGAAAUUUUCGAGUUUAAUAAACUUAAAAAAUACUUAUAAAUAAAAUAUUUAUUGUAAAAGGCAAAAAUAUUACAGAGUAAAAUUAUUAAAAAAGUUAUUUGUGAUAUUGAGCAGAAUUGUCGCACCAUGAGGGCGCAAAAUCAUUGUCCUUUACGGCUGCGCCUCGCAGUGCUAGGAGUAGCACUUCUGUGUAUCUUAAUUGCAAGUGGAACAAAUGCAGAAUCAAGCUGCAAACGUGGUUGUCCUGAAUCGGAUAAUGGCUACUUAUCUUAUACGCCUGGUAAUGUUUACGAAUAUAACUUUGACAGCAUUAUGACUGUUGGCAUCAACAGUGGAGCUGGAAAUUCUGAUGACACAAGUCUCAAAGUAACUGGUAAUGCGAAAUUAUUUGCUGAGGACAAUUGCGGCUACACUUUACAAUUGGGAGCCGUUAAAGUUACAGCCACCAAGGAAAAUGUAGAAAAGAAAAUAAUGCAAAGUAUACAAAAGCCUGUACAUUUCACCAUGGUUGGUGGAAAAGUAGAGCCCGAGUUGUGUGCCGAUCAAGGUGAUAAUGCAUAUGCUUUGAACAUUAAACGUGCCGUUAUAUCUAUGUUGCAAUCAAAACCUGAUGCUGUGCAAGAAGUUGAUGUAUUCGGUCAGUGUCCCACACAUACUACUGUAUCGAAAAUCGGAAAUGCUGAAAUUGUAAACAAAGUGCGCAACUUGAAUGCAUGUGGUUAUCGUAAGAUUAUUAACAGUGGCAUUUUAACAAAUGCUCUUCAAACGAAACCUGGCUUAGAAGGCGCCUCUGUACUUAAGGCUGACUACACAAAAGAAUCAAAGAUUGAAAAGGGUCUUGUUAAUAAUGUUCAACUCGUAGAAGAAUAUAAAUACGCCGCAGUCCCCAAAUCGGAUGUUGGCUUGCGGGCCAGAGUGGUGACCAAUUUGAAAUUAAAAAAUCCAUCAGGCGCUCCUGCUGUUGCCCCUCAAACUGGUACCCGAUCAGUUUCCAUAAUGUUCCAACAACCUGAGACCUAUUCAUCAAAGAAUAUUGCUGCUCUUAAAAGUAGCUUAACGGAGUUGGUUCACCUUUUAGAUGGUUAUGUGAAGAAGGAUAGUGCCAAGGGCUUUGUAGAAUUGAUCCGUCUUAUGCGUAAUUCUGAUACAGAAACCUUGUUGGAAUUGGCUGCCUUCCCUCUUCCCAAUAAAGUGUUGGCUCGCCAAGUUUAUUUGGAUGCUUUAUUCCGUACGGCUACUUCAGAGUCAGCUCGUGCUAUUCUUAAGCAGUUUAACAAAAUGAGUGAAAAAGAGAAAACCAUCGCUAUGAUGUCUUUGAAUCUUGUUCAAACUGUUGAUAAAGAUACAUUGAAUCAAGCAGCUACGCUAUUGAAUCCAAAUGCGAUUAAAGAGGUUUACCUAGCUGUUGGUAGUUUGGUUUCGAAAUAUUGCGAACGUAAUGGUUGUAAUAAUGGAGAAGUUGAUGGUAUUUCUAAGAAAUUCACUGAAUCGCUGAAACACUGCAAAGCAAGUACCAAAAAGGAUGAAGAACGCGUUCUGUACAUAUUGAAAGGAAUUGGAAACACUCACCAUUUGGCUAGCGGUGUUGCUUCGUCACUAACUGAAUGUGUUCAGCAAGGCCGUUCUAAUCGCAUGCGCGUUGCUGCUUUGCAAGCUUUUUCAGCUGCCAGCUGUGGCGCCAACUUGCAAAAGAAGGCAAUGGAACUUUUGGCUGAUCGCAAUGAAGAUUCCGAAUUACGUAUUGAAGCUUACUUGGCCGCUAUUGAAUGUCCUUCAGGAGAGAUGGCAAAUGAAAUUGCUGAAAUUGUUAACAGUGAAACAGUUAAUCAAGUUGGUGGCUUCAUUACGUCAAGUCUUAGAGCUAUUCGUGACUCCACUGAUGAAGAAAAAGAAAAUCAACGUCGUUAUUUGGGCAACAUUCGUGUUACCAAAAAGUUCCCCAUGGAUUUCAGAAGAUACAGCUAUAACGAUGAAGUGUCUUACAAGAUGGACGCCCUAGGCUUGAGUGCCAGUGCUGACUAUAAGCUGAUAUAUUCUCAAAGCGGUUUCUUGCCACGAUCAGCACGUCUUAAUGUUAAAGCAGAAGAGUUUGGCAUUAACAUGAAUAUUUUGGAUGCUAGCGUUCGUCAAGAAAAUUUGGAAAAUGUUUUGGAAUACUUCUUUGGACCCAAGGGAUUUGUAAAUAAAGAUUUGGACGAAAUGAUGGGAAAAGAAUCGGAUAAACAUAACUCCCGCUCUAGGCGUUCUAUUGCUGAUGAUACUUCCAAAGUAGCUAAGAAAUACAAGACUUAUGGCGCUAAGAAUGCAAAUGACUUGAACUUGGAUCUUUCACUUAAAGUAUUUGGUUCUGAAAUUUUGUUCCUCAGUUUGGGAGACAACAUACCAAGCACAUUUGACGAAAUCACCAAAGAGUUUACCGAAGCUUUUGAAAAAAUUAAGAAUGAAUUGAACAACUAUAACAAGGAAUUCACCUCCCACAACUUCUUUAUGGACACUGAAAUUGUGUACCCAACUGGUGUUGGUAUACCUUUGGAAUUAACUUCUGACGGAUUUAUGGCAAACAAAAUGGACUUUGGUGUCAGCGUGGAUGUAGAUAAUCUAUUACAAUCUAAAUGGGAAAAUUCAAAAUACAAAAUCAAAUUCGUUCCCAGCAUUGAUGCCAACGUGAACCUUAAAAUUGGUUUUAAUGCACUCGUUUUAUCAUCUGGCUUACGCAGCGUUUUCACUAUGCACUCCGCAACUGGAAGCUCAAUUGAUGUGGCUAUUACGCAUGAAGGUGCAGGAUUUGAUAUGAAUAUCGAGUUACCUCGUGAAAAGAUUGAACUUAUCGACAUGAAGAUGCAAAAUGAUUUCUAUAUUGCCGAACAAGAUAAACCAGUCAAAUCGGUACACCUAAAAAGUUCAAAAUCUGAUGCCAAUGGUCCAUCCAUUGAAAGUUGUUACAACCAAUUUGAAAGUCUAGGAUUUACUCCCUGUGUUGUUGGCAGCUUUGGCGAUUUGAAAGAAGAUGGUUUAACAGAAGCCUUUGAUUUUGCUGUAUAUGUUAUGACCGAACGUCAUUUCAACUUGAAGGGCUACCACAAUGUCCAACAAGCUGGCGUUGACCAAUGGAAGUUAGACUACAGUACACCUGGGUCUAAGGAAUCUCAUGAUACUUCAUUGACUAUGGAGUUGGGUACCAAACCACGUGCUUACGGUCGUGCCUCAUUGGAUAAUUCCCGUUAUCACUUUGCUGUCGAAGCCGGCUUAAACAAUGACGAUAGAGAAUUAGUCUGGUAUGCUCAAUAUGAACAAGACAAGGAUGUUAGAAAGAGCAAAUUAGGUUUCAUUAAGAGUGGACACGAAUACAGACCUGUAAUUGAAAUUCAAGAUGCCAACGGUGGAGUUAGUAACGAGAUUAAUGGAUAUCGUGUAGAUGGCCGAGUUUUAGUGCAAAAAUCUGGCGACCAAAGUAGAUUAAACUUUGAAAACCUGAUGGUAUCUAAUAAGGAGGAGCGUGUCAUUCUUAAUGGUUUUGCCGAUUUGGGACCAGCUUCAAUGUCUAGCGAGUUACAUUUAACAUCAAAUGAAGACACAAUAUUUAUAAAGAGCAACCUUAAAGUUGCUGCUGGAGAAUAUGCUGCAGGUCUAUUCGUAAAUGAUGAAAAGAAACCCGAAAAUAUCUAUGGAGCAUCUGCCAAUGUUAAAGUUGGGGAACAAUUGGUUAGUGUGGAUGUUGUCAGCAAGUUUGGCAAAUGGGAGGCCACUUCUACUAAUGAAGUCGAGUACAGUAAACAAGAAGGACCCAAUCCUAUUGCUUCCAGCAAAUUUAUAUCUUCAGUAAGUGUUAAGCAUAAACAACACAAUGUAGGAUCUUUGAAGGUGCAAGGUCUAACUGAGGGUCAAGAUAAAUUUGAAGUUAAUGUUGAUGCUACCAGUGGCAAAAAAGUUGCUGCUGUUGCAGUCAAAUAUGCUGCUAAUCAAAAGGCCCAGAAUGAUUACCAAUUAUCUGUUAAUGCUAAACUUAACCAACACUUUGUAGAUGUUGUUUCCAAGUGUGAUAUUGUCGGUAAUCACUUUGUUUUAGAUAAUGUUCUUACCACUAGCUGGGGAUCGGCCUUGACAUUGAAGGGUGAGUUAGGCCAACGUUAUACUCCCCAAGAUAUUUACAUGGAUUUACAGGGCACAGCUCAAGUCAGCGGCAAAGAUAAACCUACCCAAUGGAUUUUGAAAGUCAUUGGAGCUCCUGAAAAAACCAACUCUGAAUUUAAAGUUUCUCGAGAUAAUGCUGAAAUUAUUAAGGUAAUAGCUGACACUCAACAUCCCCAAGAUAAAAUAACAUCUGGUAAAGUGAAUGUGAUUGUUAAGAACGUUGUAAAUGCUAAGGGUGAUUUUAAAUUGGCUAAAAAUGGUAAGGGAGAAGUAACGGCCGUCAUUGAAACUCUUAAAACAGACCCCAAACACAAACUAGAAUUAAGCUCGAAAUUUCAUGUGCAACAUCCCAAGUAUGAUGUUGAAGCUAAUGUCAUCUUGGAUGGUGAACAAAAGGCCUAUAUUAAAACCGAAAAUAUUGUGGACAAACUCAAGUUUAAUACUAAGAAUAUCGUAGAUGUGACCCAGAAGAAGGUUUCGUUUGAUGCUAACGGUUCGAUUAAAGGCGACUGGCGUAUGAAUGGUGAAAUUCAAGGUGCAUUCACAUUUACAUGCCCCGAAGGUCGCAUACUGUCAGGUUCCCUUAAGCGUAAGAUAAAUACCAAUGGCAAAACUGGUAUUGCACAAGGACAUAUGGAUGUACAAUUAGUAGACCAGUUACCAAGUGGUGGUAAUAAGCGAUCACUGGCUCUCAAUGGCAAAUUGGAGAAAUUCAACGUUAAAUCCAAAGAAUUUUCUGCCACUUCCCAACUUGUAUAUACUAACUUUGAGAGUCAAACAUUAGAUGUUAAUUGGCAUCUCAAAAAACUACCUAAGGGCCAAAAUAAAAUGAUUGAUUUUGGAACUACUGUUAAUGGUCCAUUAGUUAAAUUUCCCAUCGAGGUUACAUUUAUUGUUGAUGAAUAUUCUGUCCGUCAUGCCAUUUUUAACAUUGGUGCUAAAUAUGGCGAUGCAGUUAAUGGAAAAAUUAACGGAAACUACGAUUUGGGUGAACGAGGAUCGGCAGUAAAAUAUGAAUUGAACUCCAACAUAGAAUUACUACACACGGCAUUCAAAACCUAUGAAUUGCAUACUAAAGGUCAGUUUAUGGAACCACAAACUGAAGGUGGAAACUACAUUUUCGAGUUAUUUGUUGAUGAAAAAGCCGGUAACGAACAAUUUGUUAAGCUAACUACCAACGUUAAGAGUUCCGAAAGAAAUGGCGCUUUCAAUAUCAAUUUGAGUACCCAGAAUAUGCAGGCACCUUUGGAAAUUGAUGGUUCAUACCAACGUGAACACCAAGGAUCAUUUAAAGAAGACAAUGCUAGUGGCUCCGUCAAGUAUGACUUCAAUUUCAAACAUGGCGAUAAAUUUGUAAAAUCAUCAAAUGAUUUGUCUUAUAAUGGCAAAGAAACUAUUCAUAAUCGUUUAACAGUAACCAGUAGUUUUGAAGGGGCUAAAAAUCUUGAUGUGGAAAUUAGAGGUAAAUUGUUAGAUGCCGAUUCGUAUAACUUGAAUGUGGUUGGCAAUCAUAAUGAACAUUCAUACAGCCUAGAUACUGUAAUGUACCGUGGUAGUCACAAAAAGGGAGUACAAAUCUCUGCAUCAUUACCUAAUGGAAAACCUAUCAGUAUAGUAGCUAUAUUUGAAGUUAUGGGUCGCCGUAAAUCUAAAGUAACUACCGAAUUGUCUAAUGUUUUAGAUUUAGAUCUUAAAUUUAAUGGCGAAGCCUCUUACAAUGCUGUUGAUGAUUUUUAUGUUGUUGCUCAAUGGAAUUCGGCCAAAUUGAAAUUAGACAAUUAUGAUUUGGAUGUUCGAACCCAAGGUAAAUCAUUGUCCUUGAUGUUGAAGAACGCCCAAGGUGAAAUAUUUUCGGGAACCGCUACAUGCGCUCUCAAGAAGGAAAACAAUAAGAGCAUACUCGAAGGACAAGGUCAAAUAAGAUUCAAGGGUACUACUCACAAUACAAACUUCCGUUUGACAAGACAAGUCUAUGAAAUGGCCACCGACAAGGAAGUUGGUUUCUCCUUCAACUUUAAUGGUAACUUCGGACCCAAAAAUGGGGUUUCCACUCUUAAAAUAACCAACAAGGACUUCAACAUUAAACUUUCCAUUUGCGAAGAAAAGAAACAAUGCACCAAUGUUCAAGUAUUGGCUUCGAAUGAUUUAACCCAAGAUGAAACAUCUAUUCAUUCACUAUUGGUGUUGUUCGAUUUACGUGAAAUUGGUUUUCCCUAUGAAUUCGAAUUGCAAUCAAAGAAUGUCCGUGAAGGUUUCAAAUUCCAAUACAUGUUGGACUCAAGCAUCAACUCUAAUAAUAAUCUGAAGUACAAUUUGUUGGCAAAUAUUCAACCAACUAAUGCCAAAAUACAACUAAAACUGCCUUCUCGUGAAAUCUUAUUGGAAGCUCACCAGAAAUAUCCUGUAAAUGGUCAAAUAUUUGGUCAUUACGAAAACUCUUUAGCAUUCUUUAUUGACAAAACCAAUAAACCACAUGAUGUUACCAAAUUCUUAGCCCAAGCUGACCUUUCCGGAAAAGAACGCGUUGCAAUUAAUGCUAAGGGUCUUUUGAAAUUGGAACAUCCCACCAUCCGUCCCCUCACUGUAUCUGGCAAAUUAGAUGCCAAUCGUGAGCACCAUACAAUUAAUGCUGAAGUUAUAUUUGACAUCUUCAAAUUACCAGAACAACAAAUAGUUGCUACCACACAUGUACAGAACAUUAAGUCCAAUAAUGGAUUUAACAUAACAUCUACUGAAGUUGUACGUUCCUCCGGCUUAGGUUUUGAAUAUACUCUAAACGCCCAUGCUGGCUUAAACACUGAACAAUACGAAUUCAGCUCUGGUGCUGACCUCAGCUUGGGCAGUUCAGACUUGAAGGCUUCUGCCUUUUUCUUUGGUAACAAGGAACACGCUGAAGUUUUAAUAUAUUCUCUUAACGAAGAGGUAGUCAAGAUGGUUGCCGAUUACAAUAAGCAGAAGAAGCAGACCAAAUUUAACGCUAAGCUACAAGCUUUAGGUAGAAAACCAGUUGAAAUAAAUGCUGAACUCCUACCAACCAUGGCAAAGAUUAAUGUGGUUCGUGAAGGUUUAUUAAAUGCUCAAGGUGAAAUUAAAUUGGGCAAAGAGUUCAAAUUCCAAGUGGAAGGCGCCAACAAAGAAUUAAUAAAUGGCCGCGUAGGUUUGGACUCUGCCAAUUUCUUGCGCACUACUUAUAAUGCCCACGAAGAAAAUGUCAAGGAUUUUAUGAAUGUUCUUGAAAAUGAAAUGAAACAAGAAACUGAAGUGACAACUGAACUAAAAAAACGUUUAGAAAAACUUAAGGAAAUUGCCGAUCGUCAACUUCAAUUAUCUAAGGAUUCUGCUCCAGAUUUCAGCCAAUUGUCAAACAGCUAUCAAAAUAAUCUUAACGAAAUUGUUAAGGAAUUGGAAGUCGAUCCAGCCAUGAAACAAAUUUCUGAGACACUACAAAAUCUCUAUUCUAAAAUCGCUAAAUUAUCUACUGAACUCACUAAGUUGUGGAGUGAAACUUAUGAAAAAUUGCACAAAUCAUUUGUAGCUCUUCAUGAGAAAUUCCAAGUAAUAGUUAAAGAAACAUUAGUUCCAGCCUGGGAAGAAUUUUUGACUAACACUGGUAAAAUUGUACGUGAACUUCGCUUAGAAAUUGUAAAUAUGUAUUCGAAAUCCUUCAAAUCGGUGUUAGAUGUGUUCAAACAAUAUGAACCAGCUUUGAAAAACUACGGUAAAGCUAUUGCCGAAGGUUUAAAACCAUUCAAUGAAGCUGUUCAAGAAUUAUACAAGGCUUUGACUUCUGGUCUUGAAGACUUAGUAAAUGAAUGGAUCGAAUACUGGUCUAAAUUGCCUUCCUUCGAAGCCAUUCAAAGCGAACUUAAGGAUAAGUUGCACGCCUUGCAAUUGGGUGAAAAAUCUUUGGAAUUCGUUAAUAAUGUAUUUGAUCAGCUGCACGUUUUGCCACUUACAGCUGAAACCAGUGAAUUCUUGCAGAAGGUUCAUGAAUACUUAGUCGCCAAAUUGAAACAUCAACAAGUUGACGAUGAAAAGGUGGUUGAAGAACUCGUGAAGUUAUUCGUUAAAGCUGUGCGUUCCGUGUGGGCUAGUCUGGAAAUGGCCGCUCCUACUGGUGCCAGUAUUACUAGCUUCUCAUUAAAUGAUUUGUUCAUGUCUGCCCCAGUACCCACAGAUUUCUUCAGUCAACUUCCAGUCCUUAUAACAUUCCGUUCCAGUGUUAUAAACUUCCUUAUUAACGAAGAUUUUGAGAACUGGUUCUCCAAGGAAGACUUUAUCUUCAAGGACUUUGACCUUAGAGGUCAUAUUGUUGAUGGUCGCCAUUUAUUUACUUUUGACGGCCAACAAAUCCACUUCACUGGAAAUUGUAAAUACAUCUUGGCUCAAGAUUCUGUCGAUAACAACUUCACCGUUAUCGCCCAGGUCAACAAUGGAAAGAUGAAAUCUAUUUUCGUAACAGAUCGCGAAGGUCAAUUUAUGGAAAUUAACGACAGUGGUGUUUUAAAAUUAAACGGUAACCCAGUUGAAUAUCCCCAACAUGAAAAUGGCAUGCAUGCUUGGCGUUUAUACUACACUGUCUACAUGGUCAAUGAAUAUGGUGUGCAAAUAAUGUGUACCACUGAUCUUAAGGUUUGCCAUGUUGACGUUAACGGUUUCUACACCAGCAAGAUGCGUGGUUUGUUAGGCAAUGGUAAUGCUGAACCCUAUGAUGACUUUGUACAAAUCGAUGGUAGUAUUGCUGGCGACGCAGCCUCAUUCGUAAAUGGUUAUGGAUUGGGCAAGUGUAAUCCAGCUACUGUUGACACUCAUACAGAGAUCCAACGUGCUGAAAUUUGCAAUGAACUUUUCGGCUAUGAAUCGCCUCUAGCUCUUGGCUACCUUUUCAUUGACUCCAAGCCUUACCGCAAUGCUUGCGAUCAAUCCGUAUUAACGGCAGCCGAAAAGGACAAGGAAACAGUUGCUUGCUCCGUAGCCACUGCUUAUGCUUCGGCCCUAAAAUUGGAGGAUAUUUUCGUAUUCCUACCAAAACGAUGCCUUAAAUGUUCAGGGCAAGCUGGACAACGUGAACUCGGAGAAGAAUUCACUCUUAAGGUACCCACAAACAAAGCCGAUAUUGUAUUUGUGGUUGAUGUUGAUGUAACUCCCAUUGUCAUGCGCAAUUUGGUCGCUCCAAUCGUAACCGAAGUGCGUGAUACUCUUAAGAGCCGUGGAUUUACCGAUGUUCAAAUCGGUGUUGUUGCCUAUAGUGCCAACCAACGCUACCCAGCUGUAUUGACCAGUGAUAAUGGCAAACUUAACUAUCAAGGAAAUCUUGCCGAUGUCAAACUAAAUGGACCUAAACCAAUUUUCGAGUCUACAGUUUCGCAAAUGAUUACCGAAAAGAAGGUACUUGAUAUCUUUGAGAUAUUAGAGAAUAUUGUUAAGAGCAUUGUUCCGCAAUCUGAUGAACUUGCAUUCCGCAUGGCGUUGAAUUAUCCCUUCCGUGCUGGUGCUGCCAAGAGCAUUGUUGCUGUGCGCAGUAACAAUUUGGAAUACGAUAAUAUGAUGAAAUUCGUACGAGCUCAUGUAACUGGCGCUGUAACUCAAUUUGACGCAGCUUUACUGCAUGUAAUUGCCCCUGUUAAGGAUAUGUCAUUGGAAGGUGUUCCCACCGAAAAAUUGAUCGGUUUCAAUUCACGUUUGGUUGCAACUCUUGAUGGUAAAGAUGCCAAGAAGCGUGCCAAACUACAGUUCCAUAACGAUAUGGGCAUUGAUUUCGUCCUGAACAAUGGCGGUUGGGUGUUUGCCACUCAAAACUUCGAGCAACUGAAACCCCAGGAACAAAAGAAGGCCCUCAACCAGAUCACUACUUCCAUAGCUGAUACACUUUUCAAAACUGAAAUCGUCACUGAUUGUCGCUGCAUGCCAGUUCACGGUAUCCAUGCCCAACACAAGUGUGUCAUUAAAUCGUCAAACUUUGUGCCAAAUAAAAAAGUGAAAGCUUAAUCCGAUAAGCAUUUACUUUUAUCGACCACUCAACUUUUCAAAACAAUUUAUUUAUUAAAUUGAUUUAAUGAUUUUUUUAUAACGAACGAAAGAAAAACUAUAAAGUUUUGUAAAUAAAUAUAUUUUUUUAUAAAUAAUA